CUUUUUACCACCUUCUCCUCCGCUGGGUGGAGGAAACAGGCCACAUCCAGAGGACAGUCCCAGGUUUUAGGCAUUUGUGCCCCCUUUGUCCUGUCGUACGAAUCGAAUCUCUGACCCAGAAUACCUCCUCUCCACCCCCAUUUCCCUGGGUCUGAGUACCCUUGCCCUCCCUGGACUCUCCCUAAUGACCCCAUGCCUCCCCUCCCCCAGCCCAGCUCAUUUACCUCCGACUCAUCUGGUCUUAUUUUUAGCUCAGGCUUUUUCCUUUCUUAAUAUGGCGAUGAGCUUUCCGGGCCGGCGUGGGGACUGUGCUGAGGAGCCCUGGCCGUCGUGGGGGAAGGCAGCGGGGGAGGGGCUCCCAGAGCCAGGGGGUGAGGUGGGGGAGGAGGGAGGGUCUCGGCCCUCUGGGGCUGUCCUGGCCUCAGAAGGUUAUCCUCUCUCCUGCCAACCCCAGAGACAUAUUUAGAUGGAGCCAGGUGGGGGCCCUGGGGUGCCAAUUUCAGGGGCAGCUCCGGUUCCCUCCCCACCCCCUGUCGCUACCCCUCCUCCUGACCCAUUCACUCUUGGCUCUGUCAGCAGCUUGUCCGGGACCCAGCAGUGUCCUCUGUCCACUGCUCCAGGCCAUUCCCCACCCCACGCCCCUGUGAGCCCCUCACUCGGGGCUCAGGACCCAGGGCCCCGCCCGACCCCAGCUACCCUCUUAGGGACCGGAGAGCCGAGGCUGACCCCGCUCCCUGCCCCGCACCGCACCGCCGACAGGAUGGGGGCCAGCACGGGGCCCGGGCUGCGGCCGGCACUGUUCUUCCUGCUGGUGCUAGGGACACCCAGGUUGGGGGUGCAGGGGGAGGACGGGCUGGAAUUCCCUCAGUAUGACGGUGUGGACCGUGUGGUCAACGUCAACGCCAAGAACUACAAGAAUGUGUUCAAGAAGUAUGAGGUGCUGGCGCUGCUCUACCACGAGCCCCCCGAGGAUGACAAGGCCUCACAAAGACAGUUUGAGAUGGAAGAGCUGAUCCUGGAGUUAGCGGCCCAAGUCCUCGAAGACAAGGGUGUUGGCUUCGGGCUGGUGGACUCUGAGAAGGACGCAGCUGUAGCCAAGAAACUAGGCCUCACGGAAGAGGACAGCAUCUACGUGUUCAAGGGAGAUGAAGUCAUCGAGUAUGAUGGCGAGCUUUCUGCGGACACCCUGGUGGAGUUUCUACUGGAUGUCCUAGAGGACCCUGUGGAAUUGAUUGAAGGCGAACGCGAACUGCAGGCAUUUGAGAACAUCGAGGAUGAGAUCAAACUCAUUGGCUACUUCAAGAGCAAAGAUUCAGAGCAUUACAAGGCCUUUGAGGAUGCGGCGGAGGAGUUUCACCCCUACAUCCCCUUCUUCGCCACCUUCGACAGCAAGGUGGCAAAGAAGCUGACCCUGAAGCUGAAUGAGAUCGAUUUCUAUGAGGCCUUCAUGGAAGAGCCUGUGACCAUCCCAGACAAGCCCAACAGCGAAGAGGAGAUUGUCAGCUUCGUGGAGGAGCACAGGAGGUCCACCCUGAGGAAGCUGAAGCCUGAGAGUAUGUAUGAGACGUGGGAGGACGACAUGGACGGAAUUCACAUCGUGGCCUUCGCGGAGGAAGCUGAUCCUGAUGGUUACGAGUUCUUGGAGACGCUCAAGGCUGUGGCCCAAGACAACACGGAAAACCCUGAUCUCAGCAUCAUCUGGAUCGACCCUGACGACUUCCCCCUGCUGGUGCCAUACUGGGAGAAGACGUUUGACAUCGACCUGUCAGCCCCACAAAUAGGAGUGGUCAACGUUACCGAUGCGGACAGCGUGUGGAUGGAGAUGGCCGACGAGGAGGACCUGCCCUCCACAGAGGAGCUGGAGGACUGGCUGGAGGACGUGCUCGAGGGCGAGAUCAACACGGAGGACGAUGACGAAGACGACGGCGACUAGACGCUGCGGCCGCCGCCUCCCAGCCCGCCCGCGCUCCACGUGUUUCCUCCCGCCCCCCAUCCCUCCCUGGGCUCCUCCGGGGACACUGGGCCGUCCUCCGCCAUAGGGAGGCCAUAUGCUGAGUGCUGAGGCCCGCUCGUCCCCACACGCCAGCCCAGCCGCCUCAGCCAGCGGUGUGUCCCUCGGCGGCCCUGCUCCUACGGUUUGGGGCGCGCCCUGGGCCCGUCCUGCCUUUCUCCUCUGCUGCCUCUGCCUGCACACACAAUUCCCCACACUCUCAAAUCCUACCUCCUUCUGGCGGCCCCGAUCCCUGGCCAGGAGGAAGGGUGGGCCCUGCGUCUGGGGCGCGCGCUCUCUCUCUCUCUCUCUCUCUCCCCCCCAGCAAUCUCUUGUUAAUCUAUUUGGGUCAAUAUCGA